UACCAAAAAAGACACAAAAUUGUUUAGAAAAGACACAAAAUUAUUUUUAAAAAGACAAAAUUAUUUAAAAAAGUAAUUAAAGGGACCUUCCACACACAACACAGUAAAGUGCCAUUCAUAUAAAACUCACAUUAAACUUUCAUAUCAAGGUGGGGGCCACAAAAUAUCGUCACGAGGGCCGCAAUUGGCCCGCGGGCCGCGAGUUUGCGACCCCUGAUGUGGAUAAUUGCUGAAAAACAAAAAACAGACUGUGGUGGAGAAUAAACUUAAGUUUCACUUUAACAAAGACUUCUUUGGGAGUUUUAGGAGUCACGACCGCACACAGGAGUGAGCGGUUAAAAACACAAUAGAGGUCCUCAGAGUGACAGGAAGCCAGGAGGACAGACAGCUUCAAUGUCAGGGACACAGAGUCCAAAAACACAUAAGUCAACAACACACUGCUCUUUUUUUUCUCUUCACAAAUUGAUGUGGGAGUCCCGUCAGGCAGGAAGGAGUCCUUUGUGGCUUGUUGUGAAAUUGACUCCUGACCUCCUUUCUAGAGGCCAGUCAUGGUUCACAGUAAAUGGCGGUGGCAGAGUGCCAUGUGCCAAAUGCGUUAUGAUGAUCCCAGAUGAAACCGGUACUUUAGGAGGACACAGAGGAGCUUUUGUUUGACACUUGGAGGCCUCACCAACCCACCCAAAGGCACAUGAAGAAGAACUGUGGUCAGUGGGUUUGACAUCCAGAAUGUGACCGUGGAGGAAGUGAGCUGGGGAAAUGUUUCAGAGACUUUUAGCACCAGGAGUUACAUUCAUAUGGUGUCUUGAAUUAUACAUCUAAAUCAGACGUGUCAUAUGUUUGUUGUUUUGUUGUUUUGUUGUGUUUCAGGUGUGGAUAAUCAGAGUCAGCAUCAUCAUGGAUGUGAAGAAGAAAGAGAUGGACCUCCUGAGCAACAGCAUCGCUGCAUACGCACACAUCAAAGCCAACCCGGAGAGCUUCGGCCUCUACUUCGUGCUUGGCGUGUGCUUCGGCCUGGUGCUGACGCUCUGCCUCCUCGUCAUCCGCAUCUCCUGCAAGCCGCGCACCAACGUGGCGCCCUCCACGCCCGAGAAGAAACAGCUGAAGGACAUCAGCGAGGAGGACGAGGAGAGCGAGGAGGACGAGGACGAAGACGACGUGGAGGCUCCGAUCCCUUUACCCAGCACGGAGAUCCCCGUUGGAAACCACCACACCAGCCAAUCAGACGGGACGCUGAGCGUUAAUGUCUUCACUUCGGCGGAGGAGCUGGAGCGGGCGCAGCGUCUGGAGGAGAGGGAGCGCAUCAUACGGGAGAUCUGGAGGAACGGGCAGCCUGAUAUCCUGGGCUCGGGGACGGGGACCAUCGGGAGAGUGCAUUACUACUAAAAAUACACACAAGGCUUCAAGGGAAGGACAGACAUGGACCUCUGGGUGGGCCUGAUGUCCCUGAAGCCUGUCAGACUUCUGUUAUGUACAAAGCAGCAUCAUCAGCGUAAGCAGUGAUGUGCCAAUACUCAGCUGUGACUGAGAUGAACUCUGUGAGAUUGCACUUCUCAUGUAGCAAUGUGUAUUUUACAACUGACUACAUGGAAUUUAAACCAAGAGGUGUUUUAAAGACUGAUUCAUCUGAAUGGAAAAGUAUGAAUGUGGGAGUUGAUGGACACUUGAAGAAAUCAGUCUUUUAAAAUGUAUGGCGCUUAAAAAACAAAAAUGCACACAAAAAACUUUAUACACUACAGGUGAGAAGUUUGGAAGCAGCUUAAGUUUUCUGUUCACAAUGGCUUUCUUAAGAACCAGUAUGGAUUCAUGAUCAGACUUUACUUUCAUUGAAUUGAACCAUUUUCCUCAAUUUACCUUUAGGUAUACAUUGAUGUUACCCAGGGCCGGCUCUAGUCCAUUUGUUGCCCUAGGCGAGAUCCAUUCGUGUUGAACAGCUCUGCUUGCUGUUUCACGAAGGGGGAACUCCCGUUUUUGUUUGCCCAUGGUGCCAACCGGGCUAUAAUACAACUGUCUGUCUAUAUAAUUAUUAACUUACAAGUAAAUUUGCAAAGAAUUAACAGCUGGAGACCGCAAAGAAAGUUAGAGACAAUAGAGACAAUGAAAGUGCAAACCCCGCGAAAAAUGUGCUUAACUGUGUUAAGCUAGCAUUGCUUUAUUUCAACCUAGCUAACAAGCUAUUACAAAUUAAACGUCUUCACACAAAACAGCAUUUAAAAAAAGAUUGGGACUUCUUCUCCUUCUCCUCUUUUCUUCUCUUUCGAUACUGCUCACCGGA